AUGGACGAGUCGAUGCUGCCGCUCUCCAUCGUAAGGCCAGAGAGCUACGAGGCGGUGGGCGCCGCAGGGUCUCCGCCGGUUCUCGAAGGGAUUGCAGCAGUCGUCGGCUACUACGUCCUCUUCGGCGACAAGGAGAAGACAGACGAGCCGCCGCCGGCGAGUCCCUCAGGGGAUGAGCAGAAGCUCGAGGGUGAGUUUGGUGGCGGCGUGAGGAGGUACAGAGGGGUGAGGAAGCGGCCGUGGGGAAGAUGGUCGGCGGAGAUUAGGGACAAGAUCGGCAGGUGCCGACAUUGGCUGGGCACCUUCGACAGCGCCGAGGAGGCUGCAAAGGCUUACGAUGCAGCGGCGAGGACUCUGCGUGGUUCCAAGGCGAGGACCAACUUCGGGGUGCCUUCCAGCUUCUGCAUUCCUGUGCCGAUGCCGUCGUCUUCUCCCAGCAGCAGCUCCGGGGACAAGAACUCCGCCACGGCAGCGGCAGCCACUGCCUGCUCCGAAGGGGGGAGGAGGCGGAAGGUGUGCGACGAAGCGGAGAACGGGCGUAGGUGCAAGGUGGUGUCUUCUGUCACCCAGUUGUUCGGCUCCUCCAUGGACGACGGUGUCGUUCAAAAGGUGAGGAGAAUUCCCUUUGAGCUGCAGGAGGUAGUCUUUGAUUAG